AUGGAUGCCGUUGAUGACAACCACCAGGCGCCGCAUCUAGCCGACUUUGCCGGCAACAACGAGGCGGACCGAGAACAGAUCGAUGCCGCAGCAAUAAUGAAUGAUGCAAAACUCGCAACAACUGGUGCUGGUGUGUGGGAACGUCAGCUCUUUCGGUUUCAUCCAUACCACGGCUCUAACAUACGAUUAGAUGACGAUGCGACAGUCGCCUUUCGGCGCACCAGCUUCGCCGAUGCACUCACAUUCUCCGAGCGACCGUUGGCGCCCGGCGAAAUCUUUCUAGUGGAGAUUGAGAAAAUUGAACGCGGCUGGUCGGGCCACAUGCGACUGGGCCUUACGGAGCUGACACCGAAUGUCAUCGGCAUGCGCAGCGAGGGAUUACCUCAUUUUGCACUGCCCGACUUGGCCAAUUUGGGCAACAGCUGGAUAUAUCCGAUCUCAAAAUUCGAGAUGAAUCAACGUCAGGAGCAAACCGGCGAAAAUGUGGAGCUCAUUCCAAAUGAGCCGCCACAUCGUAAUUUACUGGGCGAUGCAACGCAUGUACGUACGCCGCGUGGAUUACUGCCCAAGCGGCUGUUGCGACCCUCGAUGGACAAUGGCAACUCCGAUAUACUGCUCACCGACAGAGGCUCACGCAUUGGCAUUAUGUAUGUGCCCACGGAGAAUGACGCAUCCCAGGGCGAAUUGCACUUCAUUAUCAAUGGCGUGGACAGAGGACCAGUCACCAAGGAUAUACCACUAAAUAGGUCACCUUUAUAUGUUGUUAUUGAUGUUUAUGGCACAACCAAGCAAAUACGCAUCAUACAGUUGGAGGGCAUUCUGUCCUUGCAAAGUGCUUGUCGCAAUGUUAUACUGGAGCACAUCGCAACUGGCGCCAUUGCGCGGCUGCCGCUGCCGGAGAGCAUCAAGCGUUUCUUGUUGCGCCGAGAUUAGGAACUGAGAGACAAGGCACACAGUCACAGACACACUUUAUGUAAUAGAGUGUUGUUUGUGCAUGAGCGUGCGUCGUGAUAGCCUGUUUACCCAUUUAUAUAUUUUAUACGCAUCGUAGGCAGCUGAAGUGCCGUUCAUUGACUUUUCAUUCCUCACAAGCGCCUCUGGCGUACACGUUGCUUGCCCGUCCCUCCCCAUCCUCUCAGCCUGCCGUGCUCAAUAAAAAGGUGGCUCUCAAGUGGGGGAGACAAACUGUUGCUGUUUCUCCGACGGCUCAACGGUGUUGAUGGAUAUUUCAAACGAAUUUGUAUUUUUCAUUCUGUAGAUAUAGCUUAUAAUACUUUGGUUCCGUGAUACCAGUUCUUUAUAUUUAUAUUUUAUAUAUGUAGAAUAUUUUUUGAAAGCAUCACAUGUAUUUUACUCAAUUCCCCGUCUAAUUACGUACAUACCAAUGAAUAUGUACAACUCGCUCUGCUUAAACAUAAAGAACGAAAGAAACCGAACCCUAUUUAAAUUCGCAAAAGCCGUAUCUCAAAAACCAAGCACCGAUCUGCCUUUUAUGCCGUUUCGGUCUAUCCCAGGGCGACUUCCGUUUCCGUUAUGUACCUUUAAGAAUAUUGUUGCUAAAUGUAAUGUAAGAUAUAAUUACAAUAUUGUAGCAUGUAAAUUCUAUGUAAUAACACGAUAUAAUAUAAUAAGGGAUAAAAGUGUAUGUGCAUUGUAUGUAAUAAAGACAUAAUAUAAUAGGACCUAAA